CUUACAUCUUCUCUAACCGAUUGUCACUCAGUCGACAUGAUUCCAUCUCUGAGCAAUCAAGCCUCCAUUCAUAAUUUCCCUCAGUACAUAUAUGUUGAUUGUAAUUUCACUUAUAUAAAUCUAAAAAGCUGAUGAUGAGAAGUCAGCCACCCAUUCCUAACACCUACUCUUCCUCCGCCUCCAUCCGCAAGCGCCGCUGCAGAGGAAGAUCACAAACCCCUCCACCGCCUUCACGCCUUGGGGCCUCAAACUCCACUCCUCCCACAUCUCGUCCUUCCGCCGUUAGAUUCAAUGGACGCGGCAGUGAAGAAGACGAAGCGACUCCUUCAUUCGGCGAAGAAGACGGCAGCGCCAACGAUGAUACCACCCCGACUUUCGUCUGGGAAACAAACAUCAGUGUGCAAGAUGUGAAAUCAGCGAUUGAGAUGUUCGUCAAGCAUUUCAGAGAAAAUAAAGAGACCAGUAGUGACGAUUUGUUUGGAGAAGGCAUGUACAUGGCUUCGAUAUGUAAGGAAAAUUGUAAGUCAGAUUAUAACUGGGUACCUUCCAAGUCUUAUACUUCAGAACUCUCUGAAAGUCGUACCACACAUCAUGGAGUUUCUCUCUUCUUUCCAAGGGAACAUUUGCCACAGCAACAUACAAAAGAGUGCUUGCAACAAGGUGAUCUGGUUCACUAUAUGGAAUGUGUUCUUCGCAACUGUCUUCUCUGGCUCAGCCUUCUACAAGCUCUCUGUAAUUCUUGAUCCAAAGGAAAUUAUUUUCAAGUUGGCUGUGGUUGUUCCAGCUCAGCGGCCUUUGAUGUCUGAUACUUUGAUAUUGCCUUGCGGACACACUUUUGGACGUGGAGGAAUAGAACAAGUUAAACAAAAGGAUCCAACCACCAAGAUCCGACCCAGACCAAGU